UAUAGCCAUCGGAAUCAUACGGUCGUGUCGCUCCGCUCCUCCACACAAUUCGACAUUUUUCCAUUAACAUUGUCCAUCCCCCAUCCUCCAAUACCCUCGAAAAAUUCAUCAACUCUCCAUUAAUUCGGUGAUUGUGCUCAGUGGAAUGUAUCGUAAUGUUGAUUAAUUCAGUGAACGAGUCUAUUGGACCACCAGGCAGGUGGUGACCGGACUCCAGGAGGAUCUUCGGGGUUAAUUCGAUAUGUUUUAUGUUUUGGAAUUCAGAUUGGAUCACAGAUGAUCUUGGAUGCGCCCUAGGCAAAUGGGACUGAUGACAAGACGGAGGAUCAUCUAAAUGCGUGACGAUACAGUCGCAUAGCAGAGUGGUGCCUCCCGGUGCCAAUUUUUCCCUUGAAAAUGGCCACUAAUCAAGUUGAUUAUCAGUGGGCUUACUCCAUUAUGGAUUCGUCCAGGGUCUCCACAUUUCUCAUCUCGAUCCUGCUGAUCGUUUAUGGCAGCUUCAGAUCAUUGAAUAUGGAGCAGGAGGCCAGAGAGAGGGAGAAGGAGAAGGAGAGAGUGAAUUUAUUGAGUGGUAUUGUCAGUGGUACUAACUCGGAUAGUUCCAAUGGUGGUAUACAAACCCUGGACACAAUGCAUGCUCUCUGUUUACCUCUUGGAGCUUCCAUAUCUCUUCUCAUCAUGUUUUUCUUCUUCGAUAGUAUGCAGAUGUUGUUUGCAAUAUGCACUGCGAUUAUAGCAACAGUGGCUCUGGCAUUUCUUCUGUUACCCAUGUGCCAGUACAUAAUACGACCGUGUUCAGACGGUAAUAAAAUAUCGUUCGGUGUCUGUGGGAGAUUUACAGGUGCUGAACUCCUGUCUUUCUCGUUGAGUGUCAGCAUAGUAUGCAUAUGGGUACUCACUGGACACUGGUUACUCAUGGAUGCAAUGGGCAUGGGGCUGUGUGUUGCAUUCAUUGCAUUUGUUAGAUUACCAAGCCUCAAGGUGUCGACAUUGUUACUCACAGGAUUACUUAUUUACGACGUAUUCUGGGUAUUCUUCUCGUCGUACAUAUUCAGCACAAAUGUUAUGGUGAAGGUGGCGACAAGACCAGCCGACAAUCCAGUGGGUCUGGUAGCCCGUCGACUGCAUCUGGGGGGUGUAGCACGAGAGGCUCCAAAGCUCUCAUUACCUGGGAAACUCGUAUUUCCCUCGAUGCACCAAGCUGGACACUUCUCAAUGCUGGGUCUCGGUGAUGUUGUCAUGCCCGGAUUACUCCUGUGCUUUGUCCUGCGUUAUGAUGCGUACAAAAAGACCCAGUUGAUACCCGGUGGUUGUGAGACUGGUGUUCCACCACCUAGGCACCUCAGUCGCAUUAGUUACUUCCAUUGCUCACUCAUCGGUUAUUUUCUUGGUCUACUCACUGCCACUGUCAGCUCUGAGGUCUUUAAAGCAGCCCAGCCAGCCUUACUUUACCUCGUGCCGUUCACGCUUUUGCCGUUACUCACCAUGGCGUAUUUGAAGGGAGAUUUACGCAGAAUGUGGAGUGAACCAUUCAUAACUCACACACCCUCAAAACACAUGGAAGUUUGACAGCCCCCCUGGAGCACCCAUUAACUGGACAAAUGUUUGAACAAAAAAAUACGUGUGUAUCGUCGUAUCGCAAACCCUCUAAUUUCCCAUCGUUAUCAUUUCUACGUAAGUAAUGCUUUUAACUCAUUUCUCAGUUCGAGAAGUUCCUUUAGUUUCUUCACAGCAACAAUAUUUCAUAUUAAAUCACACAUUGAGUGUCUGCGUUAUUAAAAUGGCAUCCUUUUAUAAAGGAUAUUAAGAAUUUCGUGUUUGUCGUUUGUACACUGAAAACAUAUGAGCAAAUUUAUGAGUAUUUGAGAGAUGAUAUUAUGCACCGAAUGAACAACUUAAAAACAAAAUUCUCGGAUUCUGUGGUAAUUGGAGAUUGAUUGAAGAAAUUACAUUUUUCAUUUUGGAGAUAUUUCUGUAGCUGAUGGGUUUACAGUACUAAACAAUACAAAAAUGUCUUGCCAUUUUUCUGUAAAAUUCCUCAACAUUGAAAUGAUCCCGUAAAUAAUCUCAUAUUUAUUUCAUUAUCUAUCGUUUCUAAACGUCAAUUACUCUUGUAAUUAUCAUUGUCCUUUAAACUCUGUCAUUCCCUAUAAGGUUUUCACUCACAUCACCAUUUACCACUUCUCUAGAAUCAAUCUGCGCGUUCGUGUUAAAGUGUUGACGAGUUCAAUUAAUUUAUGAUUAUAUAAUUAACGCGUAGAUAAAAAAAAUAUGAAUUUAGCAAUGGCCGUGAAAAAUAAAUUCAGAUAAUUCAAUUAUGACAAAUUGAAAACGGAAAUAAUUCGUAAAUUUAUUUAAAGGAUAGAGAAGGAAAAAUCAUUUUGAAUUGUAAAAGAGAAUAAAUUAUUUUUUAUCGAGCAUUAUAAUGCACAGAUGCAAGGUUAUCACUUGCAAACAGGAAAUUACACCAGGAAAUUAGGAAAUAACUCGUACUGAAAAUCGGUGAUCGAUUUUAUCGAUAAGCUGAAGAUAUCUCUUGAGGAAAAAAUGAAGAAAUCGAUGCACAUAAAUCAGUUGCAUUGCUGAAGCAAUCGAGAUUACAUUGAUGGAUAAAUCAGUGAGACACGCGUGCUGGUUGUGAAUUUUCAGUAAUAUUAAUGAGAGAGAUUUAAAAGAGAUCGAUGAUUGCAUUUGUCGACAACAAUUGUGUACAUAAAUAUAUUGAAUAAUAAUUUUUAUAAGAGCAUAAGUAGCUCGGAUUUCAUUCGGGUUAUUUUUAGUUUGAGGUGGGUUUUAUUUUUUAGGCUUCAGAGAGAUUCAGUGCUUGGAUAAUUCAUUGAGUAGGGGCAGAACAGUUCAAGUCGAUGCAUCAGUGUUGUAGUAAUCCUCAUAAUCGAAAUAAUUGAUAGAUUAAUGUCUAUUUAAUGCAGGAUUAAAGCUUGACUUGAUCUGAUCGAUCUACGUAAUGAAUAAAAUAACUAUUUGAAAGGUGUUCAACAGAUUUGGAAGAGAGGGAAUCCCGGAAAGAUUAAUCGUAUUUAAUUCCACGAUUUAUCAGAGAAUUUUUCUGUACGUAAUAACGAAUAUUGUUUCGUUUUAUUUAACUCGAUCGCAGAACUGUUGAUCAUGAUUCAUUUUUUAGGAAGAAAAGAUAAAUAAAUGGGUGCACGUCACGAACGGGUGAUUUUUCAGAGGAUUUCGCAUUUUCGGUUCACUUUUUAUAAAAAAAAAUUCUCUUUCAAUUCCACCAAGACUGAUACCCAGGUAACGAGAACGUCAUCAAUUAGUUUCACCCCAUUUUUCAGUAGAUAAAGAUAAUAGAUGGAUGUCACGAUAUUUCUGAGGGAAUUAGUUAUUUCGUACUUUUACGGAUAAUUCCAACAAGACUGAUAACCAGGAUUGAUCUUUUGCUAUCGCUUGCAACAAUCAAUUUGAAAUUAAUUAACAACGCACAUUAAUGCGAUAAAUACUCUUCCAAAUGAAAUUAAUCCAAGAAUUCUCAAGAUUUUGUUUCGCGAAUAUUUUGGAAAAUUGUUGGAUUUCAGGGGACUAUGUCUGGUGAAAUUUUUACAGAGAAGUUUGUGAUGUACUAGAGGUCCUCGAAAUUUUUUCAUGAAUGAAAUGGCUUGAGAGAUAUUUCCUGAAUAAUGUAGAGUGGUUUUUGGAUUAAUUUAGAAUCUCAUUCCUGAAUUGCUGCGGUAAUUAUGCAAAUCAAGGGUUUCGAUGCAAAGACUAAUUUAGGUACCUCGUGUACUCGAUGAAUGCAGCAAUUAACGGAGUAAUAAAUUGAAUAGUCAACUCCCCCUUAAAUCGUGACUGUCCGAGCCCGUUCGUGAACAUUCGACCCGAUUCAUUAUUCAUUUGAUUAUUAAAUUUUAGAUUGAAUUUUACGUUCUAUUGAAUUCGGUGAUCAGUGUCGCAUGUAUCAUCAUUUAUAGAUACGAAAAUGCAUUAGCUCUCUUAUGAAAUAAUUAUCAAUUGAUUGGGUUAUUCCAUGUGAUCUUAAAAAUGAAGAAAUUAGUAAAAACAAUAGAGAAAAUGCCCAAGAAUUAAUUUUAAAAAUACCACUCACUUCCCACUUGAUUAUCCUACGAAAAGUCAUUCGUUUGAUUUGUAAAUAUUGCCGCGGGUUCUUGCGCAUUGGAACGAAGAGGAAAUUCAGUAAAAAAAAAUUGUGCAAUAAGUUGUAAUGUUUCAUUCAAUUAUUUAUUAUAAUUUUAGUAAAAAAAAAAAAUAGAACCACAGGCAUGAAUGGAGUUCCAUGAAUGGAUUUUAAACCCCUCGCGAUUUUCACUUCAUUUUUUUCCACUGCAAUUCAUUUUUUACGAACAAAAAGGAAACCAGAAGCAACUGUAUGUGUUAUCUCUGACAAGACUAAAGAAGAGAACAAAAAAUGGAAAUUAUUCUUUCACCGGGUUUGUCUUGGAAUCGAGGGAGUGAUAAACUGGAAAUUGUGAUUUUUGAGAGGUCUGAAAUAUAAUAAAAAAAAAGUAGUGUAACUAGGGGAGAUUGGAAUUUAUGAUGGAGCUGUCGAACCUAACGUUUACUCGAUCUCACCACAAACCCAAAAGAGAGAUGACGUAUAACUUAAAGAGUCUAUACAUUUAGUGAAAGACACUUACAAUAGAAAAAAA